CAUCGAUGUUUUUGCUUCAGACGCUCAAUGUACAUGUUUCAUUUGGUUAAUCGUAUUAAAAUCUAAUUCUACUAAUAGCCAAGCACACAAUAUGGAAGAAACUAGUCCUUUGAAGCCCAAGCGCAAAGAUAAAACUGAAGAUAAGCUCGAGGAAACGGCAGUCGCAAACAGCGAAGGUCCACAAAAGAAAUUGGCGAGGCUUAAUGAAUCGCUGGAAACGACUUCUGAAGCGGGCGAAGCAGACGUGCAAUUAACACUGAAUAAAACUUAUCAGCAAAAGGACGUGACGCAAUGGUUGCAAUCUGCAUGGGCCAAGCAAGCGCAAAGUACAAAGGAGGAGACAACUGGUGCACAAAUCUAUGGGGAACCAUUUCAAAUAUGCUUGCUGCCCAGUUUUCUCGAGAAGGACAAUACCGGGGCUUUGGUCCACGAGAUGAUCAACAAGGUGCAUUGGUCGCGCAAACAAAUGGAUUUGUAUGAGUUCUAUCAGAGCACCGAUUUAUCCAAUAUGCUCGAGUGCCGGCUACUCACGAACUUUCUGCAGAUGCUGCGCAAACAAGUGCGACCGUGGCUGGAGGAGAUCACAAAUCUAAAGCUGGACUAUGUAUCCGCCUCGUGCAGCAUGUACAGCUGCGGCGACUAUUUGCUAGUGCACGAUGAUCUGCUGAAGGAUAGGCAAGUCGCCUUCAUCUAUUAUCUCUCACCGUGGCAGGAUGGUGAGGAGUGGACCGCGGAGCAGGGCGGCUGCUUGGAAAUCUUUUCCAGUGAUGAACAGUGCUAUCCACAGUUCCCAGUGCAACGCAAAAUUGCGCCCAAAAACAAUCAGUUUGCAUUCUUUAAAGUCGGCUCACGUUCCUUUCACCAAGUGGGCGAAGUGACCACCUUCGAUUAUCCCCGUCUAACGAUCAAUGGCUGGUUUCAUGGCGCCACCAACGAGGCCUUCGUAGCGGACUCCUCACGCGCCUUUCCCCGCCUCAGCUACCUGCAGCCGAAUGUGAAUAAUAAUCCCAGAUUAGGUCUGCUGCUAAACGAUGUCUACUUAAAGGCAGCCACGCGUCGCAGCAUACAGAAACGCAUCGAAGAGAACUCGGAGAUUUGUUUAUACGAGUUCUUCAAGCGCGAAAAGUUUGAAUUGGCACGCGCUCAACUCUUGAAAGAUGAGUCGCUUAGCUGGCGACGACAAGGACCCGCUAAUGCGCACAACUAUGAAGUGAUGGAUCUAAAUACCGCGAAGGGCACUGUCCACGAGCUGCUACAACUGUUCCGCAGCAAUGCAAUGUUUCAGCUGCUGCGCGACUUCACCGAUCUGGAUUUGUAUGGCGUGGAUGCCAUAACGCCCACAUGCAGCGUAGAGCUGCAGCGCUGGUCGCAUGGCAAUUACACGGUGCUGGGCGAUGGUCUGGUCAGCGAGGAGAACACACUGGAUUUGGUUUACUAUCUGAAUGCUGCGGAGGGAGCGGCAGUUAUCACAUAUCUCUCACCUGAUGUUGACCAGCGCGCGAACCACAGGAAUGGCUUAGAUGUCGACCAAAGCAUUGAUAAUGAUACAGAGGACGAUGAAGAGUGCCAAGAUGACUCCGUGCUGCUGACAAUAACUCCUGUGGACAAUGCCCUGAAUAUUGUUUAUCGCUGCGAAGGCACCACCAAAUUCACCAAAUAUGUUUCGCGCAACACUCCGCUGGACAAGGGGCCGGUGUUUGUUAUAUCUUGCAGCUAUAAGGAAUAAUUGCGAUGAUUGUUCCAAGAUAUGCCGCCGCACGUACAAGCCAUAAAUUGUUUUUCAAACAGGCAAUGCACAAAUGUUUAAUUCUGUUUUCUAAAGUUCAACGAGAGACAUACUUGAAUGUUGUUUGUAUACAAGCGGGAAAGCCACUAAAUGAAAUGCCCAAUAAAGUGAUGUAUAAAGAAACGCAA